AUGUCAUCAACCCUAUUUAUUUCUAAAAAUCCAUUGUUAUUUGUACGUCCUUCACUUCCUUCUACAUUUAAAGUCUUUCAAAGAUUUAAUUCUAGCAAUGUUUCUAUUUCAAUAAACGAUACAGCUACAACCAAAAACACCAAUACUACUGAUUCAAAAGAAGAUGAAGCAAUCACAUCAAGAUCAACUGAAUCAAAUAUAAUACCUGCAGAUGUUGUUUCGGAGGAAAUUAAAUCACGAACCGUAAAAAUUUUUAAACCUGCCCCAUCCGCGGCACAAUCAGGCACUCAUAAUUCAAAACAUUGGAGAAUCGAUUUUGAUAUUUUGGAAGGUGGAUCCAAAUGGGAAAAUCCGUUAAUGGGAUGGUCUAGCAGUGCUGAUUCAGUACAGGCUUUACAAUUGAAAUUUAGAUCAAAAGAAGAUGCAAUUCGUUUUGCUGAAAAACAAGGUUGGGAAUAUUUUAUUCAAGAAAAUCGUGAAGUUGAAUUUCAUAAAAAAUCCUAUUCUGAUAAUUACAAGUAUUCUCCUGGUAAAUUGAGAAUAAUAAAAACCAAAUAA